AAUGAAAAAAUCUUGAACCGUCUAGAAUUCUUGAUCCAACGGCUGAAAAUACACGACCAGAACUUUCCAGAAAUCAAACUUGCGUUAUAAAACAACAAAAUUUCUUCUUAGCUCUCAUCAAAGUCUCUGGAAAUUUUCUCUCUCAAAUUCUUCAAUUUUCUAAGCUAUUUUUCUACUACUAUUUUGUGUUUUGUUCUAAGUUGCAAUGGCUGGCAAAGGCGAAGGUCCGGCGAUUGGGAUAGAUCUCGGCACGACUUACUCGUGCGUUGGUGUUUGGCAACAUGAUCGUGUGGAGAUCAUAGCUAAUGAUCAGGGAAACAGAACCACACCGUCUUACGUGGCUUUUACCGACACCGAGCGUUUGAUUGGCGAUGCGGCUAAGAAUCAAGUCGCAAUGAAUCCUACCAAUACCGUUUUCGAUGCUAAGCGUUUGAUCGGUAGAAGAUUCAGCGACCCUUCGGUCCAAAGCGACAUGAAACUGUGGCCAUUCAAGGUCAUUCCUGGGCCUGGAGACAAGCCCAUGAUUGUUGUCACCUACAAGGGGGAAGAGAAGCAAUUUGCCGCUGAAGAAAUCUCCUCCAUGGUUCUGAUGAAGAUGAAGGAAAUCGCUGAGGCUUAUCUCGGGUGCACCAUUAAAAACGCCGUCGUCACCGUCCCGGCUUACUUCAAUGACUCCCAGCGUCAGGCCACGAAAGACGCUGGUGUCAUUGCUGGCCUCAAUGUCAUGCGUAUAAUCAAUGAGCCAACGGCUGCAGCUAUUGCCUACGGGCUCGAUAAGAAGGCGGGAAGUGCAGGGGAAAAGAAUGUGCUUAUUUUUGACCUUGGUGGGGGUACUUUUGAUGUCUCAUUGUUGACAAUAGAAGAGGGGAUUUUCGAAGUGAAGGCUACAGCUGGAGAUACCCAUUUGGGAGGUGAAGAUUUUGAUAAUAGAAUGGUGAAUCAUUUUGUGCAGGAGUUUAAGAGGAAACACAAGAAAGAUAUUAGCGGGAACCCAAGAGCAUUGAGAAGGUUGAGAACAGCCUGUGAAAGAGCAAAGAGGACAUUGUCCUCAACUGCUCAAACUACAAUUGAGAUUGAUUCUUUGUAUGAAGGGAUUGAUUUUUACACAACAAUUACCCGAGCUCGAUUUGAGGAGUUGAAUAUGGAUCUGUUUAGGAAAUGCAUGGAGCCGGUGGAGAAAUGUUUGAGGGAUGCUAAGAUGGACAAAAGCAGAGUUCAUGAUGUGGUUCUUGUAGGUGGAUCUACAAGGAUUCCAAAAGUUCAGCAAUUGUUGCAAGACUUUUUCAAUGGUAAAGAGCUUUGCAAGAGCAUUAACCCCGAUGAAGCUGUUGCUUAUGGUGCUGCUGUACAAGCUGCAAUUUUGAGUGGUGAGGGUAAUGAGAAGGUUCAAGAUUUGCUGCUUUUGGAUGUCACCCCACUUUCCCUUGGUUUGGAAACUGCUGGUGGAGUCAUGACCGUGUUGAUUCCAAGGAAUACCACUAUCCCAACCAAAAAGGAACAAGAUUUCUCUACUUACUCGGAUAACCAACCUGGAGUUUUGAUUCAGGUUUACGAGGGUGAGAGGUCAAGAACCAAGGAUAACAAUUUGCUUGGGAAAUUUGAGCUUUCUGGUAUUCCUCCAGCUCCUCGUGGUGUUCCUCAAAUCAAUGUCUGCUUCGACAUUGAUGCCAAUGGUAUUUUGAAUGUCUCCGCUGAGGAUAAGACCACUGGACAGAAGAACAAGAUCACCAUUACUAAUGACAAGGGUAGACUAUCUAAGGAAGAGAUUGAGAAGAUGGUGCAAGAAGCGGAGAAAUACAAGUCAGAGGACGAGGAACACAAGAAGAACGUUGAGGCCAAGAACGCUCUCGAGAAUUAUGCUUAUAACAUGAGAAACACGCUCAAGGAUGAGAAGAUCAGUUCCAAGCUUCCAGCUGCCGAUAAGAAGAAGAUCGAGGAUGCGAUUGAGCAAGCUAUCCAAUGGCUCGAUGGAAACCAGCUGGCUGAGGUGGAUGAGUUUGAGGACAAGAUGAAGGAGCUGGAAAGCAUUUGCAACCCGAUUAUUGCCAAGAUGUACCAGGGAGCUAGUGGUGAUAUGGGUGCUGGAGCUAUGGAUGAGGAUGGUCCUUCCGUCGGUGGUGGAAGCGGUGCUGGUCCCAAGAUCGAAGAAGUGGAUUAAGCUGGAGGUGACUUGUAGGGGUCUGGUGUUAUGAGAUGGAUUUUGUUGUUUUUUUAACCUUUUCAUCUUUUCUAAAAUGUUGUUUCUGUGUGUAAUAGCUCUCGUUUCCUCGUACUAGCCACCUGUGUUUAAAACUAUAUAUUAAAGCGACCUGUUUCACA